GAUCCUCUCCUUUUACGAACCCUAGAACUCUUACAGCGAACCAACUCUCUCUGUGCGAUUUUUUUUCUCUUUUGGAUCAAGCGAACAAUGGAUCUCUCGAGAGACGUCGAUGACUACAUCAAGGACACGAUCGACCACUCUCUAGGAAUCCCGAUCUCAGUGGACGCUCUCGAGAAGAAACUCUACGCGGCUCGAGAGUCUCAGCGCCGUCUCCGCGAACAGUACGUGUCUCUAGUCGCCAGGUUGAAGGAGAAGGACCAAGCGAUCGAACUCGCGAGAUCCGAAGCGAGCAUCAACGCGCAGGCCGUGAAGAAAUUCGUCGAGGAGAAUCGGAAACUGAGCGGCGAGUGCGAGGGUUUGGCGAAGCAGUGUAAGAACUGGGAGAGAGAGUGCUUUCUUUACCAGCAAGACCGCGAAGCUUUGAUGGAUUUCGGGAACGAAUCGGACGAGAGGGCGAGGGACGCGGAAUCUAGGGCGAGGGAGUUAGAGGAACAGGUGAGGAACAUGUCGGAUGUGAUGAAGAAGCGUGGAGUGGAAUCCGAAUUGUUACGAGAAGAGGAAGUUUUGGUUGAUUCGGUGUUGGCGUCGUUUGUUAGCGAAGAAGAGGAGACUAAGUCUGGGCGUUUGUUCUUGGAGGGGAACGUUAAAGACAAGUCUCUGUUGUUGAGCAGAUGGGAUGAGUUGAAGCCUUCGAGUCGAAAGGCUGUGUCUUUGGUUUCGAUGGUGAAGAGGAUUGAAAAGGAGAAGGAGUGUCUCAUCUUGAAUCUGGCCAAAGCCGAACGAGAAGUUGAGCUUGUGUGCGAGCAAAACAGGGAGCUUGAUGAAGAGAAUCGCAAGCUUAGUAGCGCUCUACAGUGUUGUUCUGCGGAGAGAAGCAAGUCCAAGAAGAGAAAGAGUCCUAAGAUGAUGAGCAGCAGUAGCCCAGGAUCGAUCAAUGAUAUAUAAGGGAGUGAUGAUCGGUUUUUUUUUUUUGCAGUCUUAUCUAUUUGUUGCCUGAUUGAUAGCUUUUGGAACCAGUGAACAGUUUUUAAGUUAAUUGUUUAGAGGAAAUGGGAAUGGAAUGUUGCGAGGGACAAUCUCUGACUAGGAGCAAUUGCUAAUAUGUAUAAAAUUAUGAGAUUGGAACAGAUGCAACUCGCUUUUCAAAGAACAAUCUCGUUGCCUGUAAAAUUGGUUUUGAAAAGAAGCCUUGGAAAGAUUUAAAGUGUGGGCUUUGGUUUGUCUUCA